AUGACGGCCGUCCGAACGACCAAGGAGAAACUCCCGCAGCUGUUGAUGCACCUUUCUGUCACUCCGAGCGACACCUUCAACUUCGACGAGACCGCCUUGUUCCUCUCGAUCCUGCCGCGUAAGACGUAUGGCACCACCCGCACGGCCGGCCGGAAGAUUGCCAAGGAGCGGUUGACGGUGGGCUUCCUCGUCAACGCCGACGGAUCCCGUGUCUUCAAGCCGUUGGUGAUUUCGAAGGCGAGGAGGCCCCACGACUUUCGGCCCGACUACAAUCCCGAGGAGAAGUGUUUCUGGCGCAAUAACGCCAAAGGCUGGAUGACAAAGGCGUUGUUCACGCACUACAUCGAGCAACUUGACGCCACCAUGUACGCCGAGGGAAGGAAGAUCGUGGUGCUGCUCGACAACGCCAGCAGCCACACGCUCACGACGGAAGGUGUCACCAUUGAAGACAUGUUUGGCUUCCGCACGUGCGCGCUCGGGAACGUACGCCUCGUGCCGAAUCUGCGCCUUGUGCUGGACUGGCUCCACGACGCUUGGAUGAACGUGGGCCCGCGCGCCAUCCAGCGCUGCUGGUGGCGCAUCGGAUGUCUUCCCCACGUGUGGGCCAUGUCUCUCCCACACGUGGGGGUCGGGAACGGCAGCAAAGGAACCAACGGCGGCGCAGGCGGCGGCGGUGCGAAUGUGGCCGACAUCGGCCUCGAUGCAGAGGUUGACGGUGUCGGCCUCCUCAUUGGCCAGCUGCGCCUCGGGCCGAGCGCGAUGGCCGCCGCCGAUUUCGUGAACGUCGACGCCAACCAGCCCACCUGCGCCGAACCGGGGGAGGACCCGCUUGCAAGGGAGCCCGCGUCCGUGGCGACGCCCGCAAUGUGGGAGGCGCCUGCGAACAUGCAGGCUGUCUACGACGACAGCAACCCUGCGUCGCGCGAAGCGCGCCGCACCGCUCGCGCUGCGUGCGAGAUGCUGAUUGGUUACGCGCGGGCGACGUGCAUUUCCCCACGGGACCUCUGCGCCUUGUUCGACAUCCGCAACCCCAUCAUCGUGGCGCGGAUGGAACGCGCGAGCCCGCCUCUCGAUCUCAACCACGCCCCACCCCCGGCUGUGACUCACGCCGACACCUCGCCGCCUGAGACCCCUCGUCGCCGCGGUCGGGUGCUUCCUGCGUGGGCGCAUGUGCCCACCCCAGACUGGGUGGCGCAGUCGGCCCGCCGCCAGGAGCUCAUUGACGCCGGUGCACCCGCCGUGAUGAGCGAGUACCUGGCCGCUGCAGAGUGGAUGCGGCUGUGA